AUGAAGUCAAGUAGUGGUGGAGAUGGAAUAACUGACAAGAAGUUUUCAUUCUCAACGUUAAAAGUGGAUAGAGGUGACAUCCUAUUUUGUGUUAGUACAUCAUUUGUGAAAUUGUGUGCACAGUGGGUCUUUUUAAUUUUUUCUCUGUACAUUAUAUUGAAACACUUUUUUCCGUCUGUAUUCAAAAAAUUCAGUAACGAACUGGACAAGAACACCUUAGAUUCGAUAAAAUAUGCACAGGGAUACCUAGGAAAGUGGGAAGAAGAGAAAAGUACUAAAUUAAAAGAUCAAGCAGACAAUGUGUUUGAAGAUGCUCUUGAGGAAUUAUGUACAAAUGCAAAGCAAAUAGAAGCUCGUGGAGAAAGUAUUCCUGUCGAAAACGCAGCAGAUAGCCAUAAGGGAAGAGAAUAUGAAGAAGGAAAAUGUGAUAAUCGAAGUAAAGAACAUAAAACAGAUAAUGUAAAUAUGAAUACAAAUUAUAAUAUACAAAAGAAAGCAGAUGCCACCAGUGAUGUAAAAGGGACAUAUAACAUUUCUACCGUAGAUGGAAAGGAUCUGAAUAAAAAGGAAAACAGUGAUAAUAAUACUAAGGAAGAUGAAGGACACAAUUUGAUCCUUGAAAGGAGCAACAGCACAGUAAAUAUAGGAACAAGAUAUUUCAUUGAAAGGGAAGAGACAACCCUCUCUAACAUAAGGCAAAACGACGAGAAGUUGAAUCAUAAGAAGAGGGAUGAUAGGGAUUUAAAGAAAUUAGAAGGAAAUGUUCCUAAUGGAGCGGCGUGUACUAUGGAGCUCAAGAAUAUUACGACUGACGCCAAAAAAGGAGAACAAGCGAGUACUGGUAAACAAGAAGAGGAAGGGAAAAAAGCAGUCCAGGGGGACGAACGAACUAAUUAUCCAAUAAAAAAUGACAAACAACAGGAUGAAAUAACGGGGCCAAGUUAUAGCUGGAGGGCACGUACAAGUGGUUAUAAUAACAGAAGGAAAUUGAGUACUAAUUCGCUAGAUGGUUUACAACAAAAGAAUGAAACAGAAAAGAAUAAGUAUGAAUUAAAAGAAGGUGAACAACAAAUCCAACAUAAAUCAGUAGAUGGUUUAUCAACACUGAUUGAGAAGCCUGAGCAGACAGCACUACCAAAUAACAAUAGGAUGGAAUUACACCUCAAGCUAGUGAAGAAAGAAAUAAUGGGGGAGCGAAAAAACCAACAAGGGAAGAAAGAGGAGAUCAAACAGCAAAAUGCCAGGAAAGAAGAGGCGGAAGGAGACGGAGCAAAAAAGCCCAAGGCGGAAGAAGAAGAGAAGAAGAAAGACAAAACCGAAGAAAAGACAACAGGAAAACCCCAAACCAAAGAAGACAAAACCGAAAGGGAAGAAGCCAAGCAGCAUCAGAAGGAAAAGGCCCAAGCCAAAGAGAAAGAAGACAAAGAGGAUGAAACAAGACAGAAACCAGAGGACAAAGGCUUAGGCAGGGACGUGAACAGGCAGCCAAUGGAACAAAUGGACAAAUCAAAAAACAUAAGAAGAGCAAUAUCAUUAGAUACCAUUUAUAAGAGUGAUUUGGAAGCACAGGAUGAUGAAAUUGAGGAUGAUAAAUCUGAUGAAUGGAAAAGAAACGAGUGGAAUAAAUGGCUAAUUAGAACUGAGGAGGAUUGGAAACUAUUUAAUAAAAGCGUGGAAAACAAAAAGAACAGGUGGCUAGAGAAGAAAGAUAACGAAUUGGAAGUGUGGCUAAUCAAUAUGCAGGAUAGGUGGAUGCAUUAUAGGGAAAAUGAGAAGAAUGAAUACCAAUCGGAAGCCAUGAAGAACUCAUCAAACUGGCACCACACACAAUGGGAGCAAUGGAUUAAGACCGAGGGAAGGAGAAGCAUGGAAGAGGAUUUGAAGAAAUGGUUAAAUGAUAAGGAGACCUUCUUGGAUGGAUGGCUUUCUAAAGAAUGGGUUCAGUGGAAAGACGGAAGAAUGCUUCAAUGGUUAUCACUUGAUUGGAAAAAUAAGGAAAAUGAGACUUUUGAGCAUUAUAACUCGAGCGAAUUUACAGAUGUGUUACAUGGAAGAAAGAGGAAGAAAUGGACGAAAUGGAAAGAAAGGACGAAUAAGGAAAAGGAAGAGUGGAAUAAUUGGGUAAGAGGGAAAGAAAAUUUAUAUGUCAACCAUAGGUGGGAUAAAUGGUUAAAAUGGAAAAGGCAUAAGCGCGCUUUGUAUAGUCCAAAGUUUGUAUCCUUCAUUAACAAAUGGGUAGAUAACAAGCAGUGGAAAGUAUGGAUUGAAGAUCAGAAAGCUUCAGCUAUGUAG